AUGUUUCUCAUCGAUCUUCUUCUGCAGCAGUGGGUACUACACUCUCUAAUUUGGUUCUUGUAUGGUGCAUGGCCCAUCAACACUUCAGCGCUCAGCAGCUGUGCUCUUUGGACAUGGAUUUUCGUCCUUAUUAUCUUCACACCUAAUUCGUUGGACCAAAUGGGUGAUAUUCAGUAUUCUCUUGACCUUUUCAAACAUUUAGGACGUCGCUCAGUCUUACCCCUGGUUUCGAGCCCUAGUCUUACUGUACGGGUGCAAGCUGCAGUGACUGGCGACCUUCCUGAUCUGAAUAAUGUCCAAGGCGACGUGAUUUAUCUCUUUCCUAAAAAAGCCGAGAACUUCGUAUUCUUCAGGAUCAACAACCCAACAACUGCGGAAGACGUGAAAGACAAUCUUACCAAGAUUGCUUUUGCGAAGGCAAACGCCCGUGAUGCAAGUAGUGUCCUGACAGUCGACAUUGCGCAAUACCAGAUUGCAUUCACCCGUACCGGCAUGUAUUUCCUUGGCGUAAACGAGGAGACUGGAGAUGUUCGCUUCGACAAGCACUGCAUGAGUGACGACAAGCAGUUUCCUUUGCGACCAAAGACUAUGGGAACCCUAUAUUUGUCAAACCAAAACCUGAUCCCGGUGAAUGGAUCAGUGCGCGAUGAUACUGGGGCUCUGCAUGGCGUCAUCACUGUCGCCGGAAGCGCCGAGACUUGCACCAAAGCUUCAAACGACGUCAUAGACCUAUUUGGCUCAUCGAUAACGGUUGCUGGCGGCAAGCCAGUGGAAGGGAGGGCUCGACCACCCCCUUACAAAGGGCAUGAGCAUUUCGGCUUUCAAGAUGGAGUCUCCCAACCUUGUCUACGGACUUCAAACGUUCCGUCAGGGGGUCUUGUUAUUCCUCGCCCUGGUCAGAUUCAAGUUGAUCCUGGAGUAAUUAUAAUGGGUUAUCCAGGCGAUCCUGUACGGGAUGAUCCGACUACCAAGGUAAAACGUCCGGCCUGGACCAAGGAUGGGACGAUUUUGGUGUUCAGGAAGCUCGAGCAAUCUGUCAUCUCUUUCGAGGAUUAUGUACAGAGGAAUGGACCUCGUUGGCGCGAGUUCAUUCCCGGAGGCAAUAUAUCUCCUCCACUCAACAAACAAGAAGCUGAAGAUCUCUUCGGGGCACGGCUUAUUGGAGGUGGAAAUCGGUACGAUUCGGGUGCACCCCUUGCUAAUGCCCCUUCCGCGACAAUCAAGCUGUGGCACGCGACCCCAGACCUCAACAAUGACUUUGACUACAUCGUUCGCGACAAUCCGAAUAUAUCACAGUAUGAACCUAGUGAUUACUACUGCCCAUUCACUGCACACACACGCAAGACCGCGCCGCGUAAUUUGAAUCCUUACAUCGAUGCUAAAUUCCUUGAAUCGGGUUCGAUCGUUACUGAUCAAGAACGACGCGAUGUAGCAAACGGAAGCCCUGAAUUACCUCGCGGGCUUCUGUUCAAUUGCUAUAUGUCUAGCUUGGACUCAGGAUUCGUUCGUCAGACGAUCGGAUACGCGGGUAAUGAUUACUGGCCCAUAACAUCCCUGGUGCCACAGAAGAAGGGUCAGGACCCUGUCCUUGGUAGCCCUCCUGUGUAUACACCUGCUCAAAUCGAAGGCACAUCUCCCUCAGUACAAUCCGGGGAUAAAGUCAACCUACAACUCACCGGUGCGGAUGGUGCAACGUUCCAGGUAUCCGGAUUUGCUGAAGUUACCGUUAAGGGUGCGGCUCCACCACCCGAGACAUUGUUUUUCCUCCUCGAUGCGACGGGUAGUAUGCAAGUCUAUAUCGAACAAGUGCGAGACACCAUCCAGUCGCUGUGCGAACGCCUUGUUGCGACUGGAAAAUGGUCAGGUGGCGAUUUAAGAUUUGGACUUAUAGCAUUCCGCGACCACCCCCCGCAAGAUUCCACGUACAUCACCCGCCAGUACCCUUUCGACUCUAACGUUUUGGCUGUCAAGGCGAAUCUGGCGAAUCUGCAAGCGGAUGGUGGUGGUGACGGACCCGAAGCUCAGUGUGAUGCGUUCGCUCGUGUCCUGAAUGCGGGAUGGAAGGACGAAGCCACCAAGGUCGCCAUACUUAUCACAGAUUCACCACCCCAUGGUAUAGGGGAGGACGAAGAUGGAUUCCCCGGUGGAUGUCCACUUCAGAACGACCCUGUGCGUCUUGUUAAUAGGAUGGCUAGGCUCGGCAUUACAUUGCAUGUGCUGGCGUGUGAACCCACGAUGAGCAUGGACUUUUCGACGCCCCUCGACUUCUACAAAGGCAUUGUUCAGAAGACAGGGGGGAGGUUCUUCCCCCUUUCUGACGUCAAUUCAUUGAUUGGGCUUUUCACCGGCAGUAUUUUAGAAACUGCUGACAUCGACGCCCUAGUUGUCAAACAUACAGAUGAAGUUUGCACAUUAGCUAAGGAGCAGAAAGCAACAACCGGUGAUAUCAGCAAGGAUUUAUACGGCCGUUUGUCAUCUUCUGCUCAGGUCAACACCUUCACUGUUGAGGAUAUAUACGCCGCGAAUGAGCAGGGUGACAAGAAUGUUCAAAUCUGGCUCAACGCAGAACAAAUCGACAACAACACGACAUCCCAGAUCAAAGAGGUCAGUCUUCCGAUUUCUGUUGGCCCUACUAGACAUGACAGCUGGUACAGGUACUGGUUUCCGCCUCAAACGCGAGUACCGCCAGGGUGGGACACCGGCAAUGAGUUCAAAGAUACAGCCCGUUAG